AUUACCUGCGUGUUGUGGACAUUCAUCUGUUCAAGGAGCCCCAUGAAAUAAACAAGCAGAAACACCACACAGACAAGUACUACAGCCCCAAGCUGAUAGUGCGUCGGGGACAGCCUUUCCAAAUCCAGAUUGACUUCAACCGACCCUACAAUCCAGAGACCGACCAAUUCUGGCUGGAGUAUUUGAUAGGUCGCUACCCACAGCAAAACAAAGGCACCUACAUCCCGAUCCUACUAAGUGAUGUGCUGAAACCUGGCGAAUGGGGAGCCAAGAUUACCCACAAGGAGAACAACUCCAUUCGCCUGUCCAUCAUGUCCUCUGCCACCUGCAUCGUUGGGAAGUUUCGCCUGUACGUUGCUGUCUGGACUCCCUUCGGCAUCCUCCGGACACCCAGAAACUCAGGAACUGACACUUACAUCCUGUUCAAUCCCUGGUGCCAGC